CCAAUGGCGAGGCCGCGCGGGCGGGCACGGGCGGGGCGCGGCGCUCCCGGCAGGCAGCGCGGCAGCAUGGAGGGCCGGCUGCCCUACGACGACUUCCCGGUGGUCUUCCUGCCGCCCUACGAGAGCCCGCCCGCCUGGGUGCCGCCGCAUGAGAGGGUGUACCACCCCGACUACAACAACGAGCUCACCCAGUUCCUGCCCCGCACCAUCGUCCUGAAGAAGCCGCCCGGAGCGCAGCUGGGCUUCAAUAUCCGGGGAGGAAAAGCCUCACAGCUGGGAAUCUUCAUUUCUAAGGUGAUCCCUGACUCGGAUGCGCACAGAGCUGGGCUGCAAGAAGGGGACCAGGUGCUCUCAGUAAACGAUGUGGAUUUCCAGGACAUUGAGCACAGCAAGGCUGUGGAGAUCCUGAAGACGGCCCGUGAAAUCACCAUGCGUGUGCGUUACUUCCCCUACAAUUACCAGAGACAGAAGGAAAGAACUGUUCACUAGUAGGCAGCUGUCUGCUGAGUCUCCAGAGUGGUCAUCCUGCAAAAAACUCCACUACUUUUCCUCAACAUCUGAGAUGAAACAUCCUGUUUCACCUGUCACUGGAAGUACAAUGUCCUGUUGGCUGCACAGGCAUCAGCUCAGUUUCCUGCAUGGAAGGAUUCCAACAGAGUUUCAUUUAGCUGGAAGAUGGAUGGGGCUUUAUUCUGUACUCCUUGAACUGGGUGUUGAAACAAGCUGAUGGUGUUGAUGUGGGUAUUGGAGGGAAGCUUCUCCAGCAAGAUCUGUGCUUCUGUUCUAGCAGGACUUAAAUUAAAUGAGUGCUCUCCUGGUUCUGGA